CGAGAGUACUAGAGGGGUAGGGUAGAGGCAGGAGGCAGGCAGUAGGCGCAGUAGGUUGAUAGAAGGCAUCAGACUUUCACGUAUCUGGGGAGGCUUCUGAGGCCCGUAGAAAAUUACAGCGCUGAUAAUACUACAAUCGGGUGUCGUUUUGUUCCACUCAUGAUCAGCUGAGAAACAAAUUAUGAGUGUGGAUGGGAUCCCAGGGACACUGGAUGGUAUCCGGCGCUCACCGACACCCAACCGACUGCGACUAAGCAAUAAACUGUACGCCUUACGUCGACCCAUGACCAAGCUGGCCCUCCUCACUCAGUUGGGAAUAUCUGCACCAGAAAUAUAUAGGAGUAAAAACUUGGAGAAGUUGAAAUGGAGGACUCACCUAGCCAAGCAUCUCGUGACCUAAGUGUCUCUCUGAGUGAUGUCCGACGUCCUCCUGAUGGUGGUUAUGGAUGGGUUGUUGUGCUUGCAUCCUUUGCUGUCAACCUGAUAGCUGAUGGCGUUUCCAUGUCAUUUGGCAUCCUAUUUGUUGACCUGGUUGACUACUUUGGUCAGGGCAAAGGCAAGACGGCCUGGGUGGGCUCGUUAUUCUUCAGCAUGCCGCUGUUGACCGGGCCCAUCGCGUCAUCCCUAACAGACCGUUAUGGCUGUCGACGCGUCUGCAUCGUAGGAGCACUUUUGGCAACAGGAGGAUUUGUGGCUUCAUUUUUUACCAACUCACUCGAGUUUCUUUUCUUGACAUUCAGUGUGGCUGGCUUUGGGCUUGCACUCUGCUAUGUCACAUCUAUAGUAAUAGUAGCGUAUUACUUUGAAAAGCGACGUUCCCUAGCAACAGGAUUGGCUGUCUGUGGGACUGGCAUCGGGACAUUUGUUUUUGCUCCAUUGACAAUCCGUCUUUUGGAUGCAUUUGCAUGGAGGGGGACUCUCUUGCUUCUGGCUGGAUUUUUCUUAAACCUGGUUAUCUUUGGCGCACUUAUGCGGGACCUAGACCUUGAAGCUGAUGUCCAUCCCAUUGCAGAAGGACAGCAACGACGGCUGUGCAGUUCAUUAGUGCAGCUUCCUACCUACCUUUCUGAUAAGGCACCGCUUGACGUCCUCUCUGAGAAUUCGAGGAAGGAGGGCGGUCACCUUAACUCUCUCCUCGAACAGUACCCGAACAUUUGGAAUCGCAUUGUCCCAGCAGAGUCGCGUGGUUCCACUGGCGAGGUCCGUGCCAGAGGUUCGGAAGUGCUGUGGGGUGAACGCCGGCUGCAGCAGCGGAGCGAUUCUGCGUGCCUGCGCAACAUGCGGUUGCAGCGUGGCAGCCUCACAUACAGAGGAGCCAUGCUCAAUGUUCGGCGCUACAGGCUCAAGGCAUCCAGCUGUCCCGACAUCUAUAGGAACAGCAUGCUCACCAUCACAGGAGAGGACAGGAUAUGUGUUCCUCCCUCUGGCCUGGCAAAAGUCUUCAGCCCUUAUAUGUGCCAGAUGCUGAGUGAGCUGCGAGAGGUGCUGCUGGACUCUUUGGAUGUGAGCCUCUUGAAGAACGUUCGUUAUGCCCUGCUCUGCUUCUCAAACUUCCUCCUGAGUGCCUGUGUGGACAACCCCUACGUGUACAUUCCUGACAGUGCCAUCAUCCUAGGCGUGGACAAAGAAAGGGCCUCUUUCCUCAUUUCCUGCAUCGGUAUCCUCAACACCGUCGGAGUUGUAAUAGUGGGGUACCUAGGGGACAAAUCUUGGACAGAGCCCUCACUUCUUUAUGGCAUCUUGACGGUAGUGAGUGGAGCAGCAGUCGGUGUACUCCCACUUCUACACAGCUAUGGGGCCUUGGCCAUGCUCAGUGCUCUCUAUGGAUUCACCAUCUCAGCAAAUUAUACUCUCGUGCCAGUCAUAUUGGUAGACAUCAUCUCUUUGGACAACUUCACAGGUGCAUAUGGCCUGCUGCUGCUUGUGCAAGGUCUGGCUGGAUUGAUGGGGCCCCCCAUCGCAGGGUGGUUGUGCGACACUACGGGUGCCUAUGAUGCCACCUUCUACUUCAGUGGCUUCUGCAUCUUUGCAUCGGGGAUAGUAAUGCUUCCCAUUGCUUGGAAGUGUCAAAUGCCACAAGUGCAGGAAUCACCGCCUGGCAGCACCAAGCGCACCACUGUGGUUUUACUGCCUCUGGAGGGCAAUGCCCGGGAUGUCUCCUCCUGUCAAAUGGAAGGGCUCAUUCACGAUGGUCCUCUUUCAAGAUGUUUGAAAAAGGUGACUUAUUGCUGGCAUUAAGGAUAUUUAACUCUGGUGCAGGUAUGAAUUGCAGUAUUUAAAGGUUUGAAACAUUUUCAGAGUGCCCAGUCUUGGAUCGGGUUUAGCUAGAAUACAGUCGCCGUCCGAUUUUUUGGACUCGGCGGGGAUCGCGCAAAAGUACGAAUAAUCGAGCGGUCCGAAAAAACGAAUUUCGCUUCAAAAUAAACUUUACUAAGGCCUAGAAGGCUGGAAAAAUUUGUGCUUUCCUAACGCGCUUCCAGCUUUGCCUGAUAACGUCAGCUUCUAUUUCCCGAAGCGACAUUUCGUCAAUGUACACUGUCAGAGGCACCGCCGUCAUCAAGUCCGCAAGUCGGCUUCGCCUAACGCAUGCGUGCUUUAGGUGAAGCUCGCUUUACAGCGCUGUCGCGCGACUCGCGGGCGGAGAACACAUGCUGGGCCGGUGGCCAAAUCGAAGACGCAAAGGCGCCACGACAGACCUCUUCUACACAGAGGAAUGGAAAAUGAACAAUCAUCACUGCCUAUUAUUUUGCCUCAAUAUUUUAGUUGGUUGAUUUCUUGCGAUACGAAUUUCGGAUGAUACCAAUAUUUUCCGUCACCCCAAGAGAGAAAUUCGCUGGUUGGGCAAACAGAGUCCGAAAUAUCGAGUGACGGAGCUGCACGGCGUCGGAAAUUUUGGACGCUCUUAAACAUCAACUCUAUGGGACCCGCGGCCGUUCCGCGAACGAGUCCGAAUAAUCGAGCAUGUCCGAAAAAUCAGGGUCCGAAAAUUCGGUCUGCGACUGUAAUUCAAAGAUGUGCACAAGUUUGUGUCCUUCGUUGCCAGCAUUUGAAUAGUGUAGUUUGUUACACGCUCGAAGUACAUGUCGCACUCGAAGGACUGUCUACAAAAAUGAGGAGUCCACCUCAAUGGUGAAUGCUCUGUCAUGGAAUGCAUUUAACUGCCUGAUAAAAUUUUUAACUCUCUACAGAUGGCACAAAUUGUGUUGUGAGCGUAACUGAACUAGACGUAGCUGCACAUCACAGAUGUAAUAGCACUAAUGUCAUGCGUAUACAGCAGCCAGCAAAAUGUUUUGGAGGGUUACGCUACUAAUUGUGAAACUAAUCUGAAACUACUUCUGCUAAUACUUAUCUUUCUUAAAUUGCAAUCUCGUUAGUAUAGCACCUUGCAGACAUACUCUGAAAGAAGGUGCAAAAUAAGUAAUAACGCUAUCGAAGAUGUGUUCAUCUAUCAAUCGAUUCCUCGUUUCAUGCAAGUCUUACCUGUUAUGCUCCCUGUGCGAACGAAAAUCUUCAUUGAUUGAGAAGGGAAAGCAAGCAUACUACGUGAACUGACGUAGUGUAGUAUUUUGCAAGGAUAGAUCAGAAGUGCACAAACACUUCUGAUUGUGCAUGCUAUAUUGUUUUAGUAUGUCAAUUCUUACACAAAACUGUAGUGGAAGUAUUGAACAGAUACAGUGAACUCCCGUUAAGACGAACAUGAGGGGACCGCAGAAAUUAAUUCGUCUUAUCAGAAGUUCAUCUUAACAGAAGGACCCAAAAGUGUAAUAGAAAAUGUCCAAAACAGGGUAGCAAUUGUGAAACGGCAUAUUGGCAACGUCGCAGCAUACAAUAACUUACUUCCUGCCAGUUUGGCCACCUACUGAAGCGUUAAGCCGCUGGUUGCCCACUGCUGCACGCAGAUAGAAUGGGCCCUAACAGCACGCGAAAGGCAGUUCCCCCUGCGACUGCACGUGAAUUGCGCAAUCACACGUGCCGCACUGUAAGCAGCAAACGUAUUCAG